AGUGGCUUCCGCCGUUAUAAAUAGUUCCGAGCUCUCACUCCCGCAUGCUAAACUUGCUACACCCACACGCCUCCCCAGUCAACACCUUGCCUCCCUCGCUUCCCUUAUCUGUACAGUCCCCGACACACCACUGGCUGAUCCCGGUCCCUGACUCCCCCCCCCCCCUUCUUCAUCCUCCCGCUCGAUCAGUUUCACAUUCCACCGCGGCCAAUCCGAUUCCGUUCUGCUCCUCCGUGCUACGGGAGUUGUACUCCACUACUUGCUUGGAUUUUUUGCGUAGAGAGAGAGAGAGAGAGAGAGAGAGAGAGAGAGAGAGAGAGAGAGAGAGAGAGAGGUGGAAUUAACUGGGGAGAGAGGUGGAAUUAACUGGGGAGGUGAGGUGGGUGAUGUACGGCGCGACGGUGCCCAAGGACCUCAACCUGCCAGCCGUCCAGCCGCAGCCAGCCUCCGGCGUGCGGACGCCGGCGCCGCAGAUGAGCACCCCGGGCCUGCUGCGGUACAGGUCGGCGCCGAGCACGCUGCUCGGCGAGGUGAUGUGUGGGGAUCAGGACUUCCCUUCGGCGGAAGCCGUCGCCGCGGGGCACCGCCCGGACACGGCCGCGGACGCGGCCCUCGCCCGCUUCCUGGCUAGCCACCACUCCGAGAUCCGGGAUUGCAAGCCUCCCCGCCCCGCCGCGGCAGCUCACUUCCUCGAGGACGCCGCGUCCAUGGCCUCACAGCAGCAGCUCGUGUACCAGUCGCAGCAGCAGCAGCAGCAUAUGGCCGCCAUGGAGGGGCUCUACCACACCGUCAGCUCCGGCGGCAUGGAGCCCGCCGUUGCCGCCGGCAACAGCCUCCUCCGUCAGAGCAGCUCCCCCGCCGGCUUCCUCAACCAUUUGAACAUGGACAGCGGAUACGGGAAUAUGCUCCGGGCAGGCAUGGGCGACGGAUUCAGGAACGGCGACGCGCGGCUCAAGGGGCAGCUAAGCUUCUCGUCCCGGCAGGGCUCGGUGAUGUCGCAGAUCUCGGAGAUGGGCAGCGAGGAGCUCGACGGCGGCAGCAGCCCCGAGGCCGGCAGCAACGGUGCGCGCGGCUACAGCGGCGUCCCCAGGUACCCGAUGGGCGGCUCGUCCGGCUGGGACGAGCCGUCGCCGACGUCCGGCGUGAAGCGCCCCCGCCACCCGGCCGGCUCCGACCGCACCGCCCACGCACCCCAGAACGGGCAGCAGCUGGCGCCUCAGCUCAGCCUGCCCAGCGGCAACGGCAACCCCUCGGCGGAGAUGGUGGCGAUCGAGAAGUUCCUGCAGUUCCAGGACGCCGUCCCCUGCAAGAUCCGCGCCAAGCGCGGCUGCGCCACCCACCCCCGCAGCAUCGCCGAGCGGAUGAGGAGGACGCGCAUCAGCGAGCGGAUACGGAAGCUGCAGGAGCUCGUGCCCAACAUGGAAAAGCAAACCAACACGGCUGACAUGUUGGACCUGGCCGUCGACUACAUCAAGGAUCUUCAGAAGCAGGUCAAGGUGUUUAACGACAGCCGCGCUACUUGCACCUGCUCCGCCGGCAAGCUGCAGAACCAGUUCACCAGUUAAGUCGCCGGCGUCACGGUGCAGUGCACCAGUGCACCAUGCCCGCAAGGCCCGGAGAAGCAUCUGCACCGGCACCUCUUCUUUUUUUUCUUUUGGUCCUUGUAAGCAGCUGAAGUGCCUGUGUACUUACCAGCCAGCAUGAUUUGAGGAGGCAGAGUGAUGGAGAUGAGAUCUGGUUUGUACAUGCAGGCCACUGACGAGAAGGCCCCCGCCUAAUACGUAGGCCCUACAUGUCAGUGAUAGUUGCGAGGUUGAUCAGUUGGUUCUUACAAAGCAUCGGAGGUGAAAAUCAGAAAUGUACAGGCCUUGUCUUGUCUCCGUUACACGUGCGUGCAUGCAUGCAGCAGGAUGCAACUGUCUGUCUGUCUGCAAUCUGCAUUGCAUAUUUGCAUUUCCCUCUAUGGUAAGAAAAAGGCUGCAGCGUUAUUUAACAC